AACAAACACCUGAGUGGCAGCAAACAGAACUUCAGCAGUCGCUCCCUGGGCUCCAACAGAAGUGGCAUGGGCUUCAGCGGCGGCUCACUGGGGGCGGCGUACCCGUCACGGGGCUCCUAUGUGGGUAAGCCCAUCACAGCGGUGUCAUUCAACCAAAGUCUGCUGACGCCGCUGAAUGUGAAGAUUGACCCCAGUAUUCAAGCUGUACGCGUGCAGGAGAAAGACCAGAUCUUGAAACUCAACAAUCGAUUUGCUUCCUUUAUUGAUAAGGUGCGGCACCUGGAGCAGCAGAAUAAAAUGCUGGAGGCCAAGUGGCAGGUGUUGAAUGCUGAGACUCGGCCUCCCUCUAAGUGUGAGCCCCUGCUCAAGGCCCACAUCCAGGGCCUGGAGACCCAGCUGCAGCAGCUCGCCCUGAACAAGCAGCACCUGCACACGGAGCUCAGGAGCGUCCACGAGGAGGUGGAGGACAAGAAGCAACAGUAUGAGGUGGAGAUCAACAGGAGAAGUGAAGCAGAAAAUGAGUUUGUUCUGCUGAAGAAGGAUGUGGAUGGUGGGUACAUGUUGCACACUGAUCUGGAGGUAAAACUGGCCAACAUGAUCCAGGAUAUCAAUCUGUUCAAGACACUGUAUGAUGAGGAGCGACGUGAGCUGGAGGCUGAGAUGCGGGAUGUCUCAGUGACUGUUGAGAUGGAUAACUCACGAGCACUGGACAUGCAGCAGAUUGUGUCUGAGGUGAAGGCACAGUAUGCGGACGUCUCCUCACGCAGCCGCCAGGAUGCUGAGGCUUGGUACCAGACCAAGUUUGAUCAGGUCUCGGCCCAGGCUGACCAUUCCUCAGAAGAGCUGAGGAUAAGCAAGCAGGAGAUUGCUGACUUCAAGCGCCUCAUCACUCGCCUGCACAAUGAGAUCAGCGGUGUUAAAGCACAGUGUGCCACUCUGGAUGCCCAGAUCGCGGAUUCGGAGAACCAGGGCGAAGCAGCAUUGAAAGAUGCCCACGUCAGAAUCCAUCAGCUAGAGGAAGCCCUGCAGAACGCGAAGCAGGACAUGGCCAAGCAACUGCGUGACUACCAGAAGCUUAUGGACAUCAAGCUGGCACUUGAUAUUGAGAUUGCCACCUACUAUCGUCUGCUGGAAGGAGAAGAAAACAGGAUUGGACAGGAUCAUGUUGUCAAUGUCCGGACAAGCUCCCACCGAUCCACUCCCCACAAGAUGUCAGCACCAAAAGUGCUCAUCAAAGUAACAGAGACUCAGGAUAGCCAUACCUCCAGUUAAACAAACACACACACACACACAC